AUGGGCAAGGACAUCUCUCCCGAAUGUGUCUCCCUCAUCCGCCAGGCUCUCGAGGAUGCUUGUGCGGACCAGGAGCGAGGAAUCCCAGGUGUAACCUUUCUCGUCGCCAAUAGAGACGGCAAACAGAUUUUUGCCCAUGCCGCCGGCAAACGUGGCAAGGGUGUGAAUGAGCCGAUGGCUUUGGACUCUAUGAUUACGGGGAUUGCCUGCAAGCAGCUGGUAGAGCAAGGGAAACUUUCCCUAGAUGAUGCUGAACAGGUUGAAGGCAUAUGCCCGGAGCUGAAAGAUCUUAAGGUCGUCCAGAAGUACGGGUCUUUUUGUGGAGAAGAAAAGGGGCAUUACGCUGAGGAUGCUGCUGACCCAUACUGUUUGAGGAGACAUCUCACCACACUGCUAAACGACGGGACAUCGCCCAAAACUGGCCAACAACUCCUCACCAAAUCUACUGUCGACCAGAUGUUUGAGAAUCAGAUCCCUCAUAUCCCAAACUUUGGCCGGCAAGACACACAUUUGAACGCGAAGCCUGACUUUGUCAAGAAUGUACCAGAUUUUUAUCCCCUGAAUAACAAUGAGCCUCAGGGCUGGGGCCUAUCAUUUAUGAUAACGAGUAGCGUGACCUGUAGGAGUUUGAAGAGUGGGAUGUGGGCGGGAAUUGCAAAUUUGUUCUGGUGGUGUGAUAGGGAACACGGAAUAGCUGGGGUUAUUAGCACCCAAAUCUUGCCGUUUGGAGACGUUAAAUUGUUUGGUCUAUGGGCAGAUGUCGAGAAGAAGGUUUAUGAUUCGUUGAAAUAA